CCCUGGCGCGAGUCCCAGCCGGGGUUGGCCUGGGCCGCUGGACGCCCUGUCCGUCCCCGCUCCCUCCCCGCCGCCCGCAGCCUGUCCGAGCGCGGGUAGUUCUCCACAGAGCGCGCGUCCUGGUCUCCUAAUUCUCCCAACAAGGGGAAAAGGAAAUGGAGAAAUCUAGAAUCUCAAUCUCCAGAGACGUGAAGGACAGCCACAUAGGGAAAGGGACAUAACGGGGAGGGACCUGAGGCUGAGCAGGGGAGGAGAGGAUGGAUUAUCUGCAGGGAUGGCAGAGGACAACUGGUGCUGGGACAAGAAGAGGUGUAAGUAGUGACAAGGGAGCCCAGGGAAGAGGCCUAGUGAUGUGCGGGUCCAGAGCAUGCGGACAGGGGCCUGCAGCAGGCAGGCCAGAGGGAGAGAGUGGAUGGGGAAGAAAGAGGCAGACAUCUGUGGAGAUUGGGGACAAUGAGGAGACUGGGCAGAAAGACUGACUGGAGGUGAAGGGAGUUUCAGGAAUGGGGAAGAUCAGAUGGAGGGAAGGAGUAGAGGGAAGAAGGGGAGAAACCAGGAGAGGAGAGAGAAGCAAAGGGAGCAGGACCCAGGAUGGGUGAGGAAAUCAGAGUGGAGGUGAGAAUGGAGAUGAUCAGAGUGAGGGAGGGAAGCAGCAAUGAAGACAGAGGCCCCUGGGUGUGGAUGAUGAUGUUGUAAUAUAUUGAUUUCUGUCUCCAAUAAGGUAAGUGUAAGUUAAGUUUUUGUUUGUUUGUUUGUUUGAACUAUACAGCUGAAGAAGGGAAUGACAAAACUGCUGUUUCUAAGUUUUGUGUGUUCUGCAGUUCUGGGAUUAGGAUAGCUUCCUUUUGUAAUCUCUUGGGCCAGAAGGCAGUGACUUGAGCCAUUCAGUUGUGGGUUACCCUCUUGUGUUUUCCAGAGAUGGUGUAGUGUUGGUGAGGGGAUAGGGAAAGCUGAAGUGCAACACUGUGUACAGCACUCUUAACUGUGGUCAUCUAAAUACGUGGGAAUCUGUCUCCAUCAGCAAACAGUUCUGUGUCAUAUACCAUGUUAGGUUUCUGUAAUUGCAUCCAGAUCUGGGAAUCACUGCCUGGAGAUAGCAUCCAAUGACACUGGUUGAGUGUUUUAGUACCACAAUUCCAUACACACCCCAGUUCCCAUGCCAGCCACAUGUCCUGGGUUGGGACCUCAAUUCAUUAGUGGGCUAUAAAUUGGAGCUUCCCAUGCUCCCUGCUUGGGUCUUGUUAAUUUGCUCCAUGGGGUAAUUUCACUUAGGGAAAUACUUUAUUAUGCAUACAGGUACACAUGGAAGAAUAUGCUAGAAGAUUAACUGAGACCCAGGAGGGGGUUUUGGGCACCUUGACUUUUAUCCUAUUACAGCAUGUGAAGUGAGUGCCUUUGUUGCGGCCCUGAACCCCUAAAUGUCAUCUAUAGGAUGACAUUUCCUUAAAUAAAUAGAAUCGGUACUGACAUUGUGGGACAUAAGGAAUCUGCCAGUAGGGGAAACCACCUAUUGCUGAAUAGAGGGGAGGCAUUGUGUAAUGAUUGUAAGAACAGUAGAAACAGUUGGGAUUUUUUUCUGGCUCAGAUAGUAAAGGAAAAGGAAAGGUAGAUUUUAUACACACACACACACACACACACACACAUCCCAAAUAUCCCAGUACCAAAAAACCCCAUAUAAAAUAUAUACAAUGUAAGGGUUUUUUUUUGGUACUGGGAAUUGAACCCGGGGGGAGUUAACCACUGAGCCACAUACUUCGUCCUUUUAAUUUUUAUUUUGAGAGAGGGUCUGGCUCAGUGUCCCAUGUUUCCAUCUUCCUGGCCCAAGCUAAGUAGGUGGGAUUGCCACUGUGCCUGGCUUAAAUGCAGUAUCAAAUUUCCCUUUUUCAUUUCUCUUUUCUGUCAGUAGCACAUUGCCCAGUUGAUGACUCCCUCUUCUCUUUUCUCUUCUUAGUUGUUAGGACAUCUACCUAUCUUAAAACUCUCCUUGCAUUCAUUAUGAUUCCUCCCUGAUCACUUUGGCCAUUCCUCUGCUGCGAGGCUCCACCCCCUGUUCUCUGAUGGCAGUGCUCCCCCACAGUUGAGGCUCGUACCUCUGCUCAGCCUGUCCGUGCCCACUGUCUCUCCUCAUCUUUUUGAUCACAGCUUUGAUACCAUUCUCCUCUAUAGUACUCCUGGAGACUUCUCCUAUGAACAUUAGAGUUCUGUGGCCAGUUGUGUCCUCAAGUCCAUGCUGGGAUGUUAGUGGGCCUUUCUACCUUCAUGGUCCAUCCUGUGACUUCUUUAGCUCCCCAGGUGUCUCUCCCCGUAGUCCUCAGCAUUUCAGGUAGGGUGAUCCUGUACUUGGGGAUGUUGGCUAGAUACUUUGACAUAUAUCGAAAUAGCACAAUGUAUUAUCAUAUUGGUAAGUUUUAUAUCUUAAGAGGAGAAAGACAAAGAUCACAUGUAUUUUUUCAGACAGGCAAGGAAACUAGAGUGCACACUGUUCUUGAGGCUUGGGAAAGAUGUGGGAAGACCUGGGUCCUGGUUGUUCUGCUGCCUCAGGGCCUCUGCUGCUCAGCCACCCAGGCCUCUUUCCUUUUCCUGGUAGCAGGUUGCUUAAGCCUAAGGUCUUCACUGGGUCCUGUCUCCUUGUCUAGGCCUCCUUGACACUGGGCUGCAGGUGGUCAACACCUCAGGUCUUUGUUCUGAUGUUACCUACUGCAUGGAGACUACUGUGACCGACCCCCCCAGCUCCUGUAACACUCCAGCCACACCCUGCCCCACCUCUGGUCCAUGCAGCCUACUUUGCAUAUUUCUUUCUGUUCCUUCACCAUCUGCUGUCUGGAUCCUGGUAAGAACAAGGUUCCAAGAGAGGCGCAGAGCUAGAAGGAUUGACUUGUAAAGAUUCGUGUUACCUGAGGAAACAGCCCUGAAGAGGAGGAGGAAAGAAAAGGAGUCAGGAAUGGCUGUCACUGAGGGUCUGCUGACAUUCAGGGAUGUGGCCAUAGAAUUCUCCCAGGAGGAGUGGAAGUGCCUGGUUCCUGCUCAGAGGGCUUUGUACAGGGACGUGAUGCUGGAGACCUACAGGAACCUGGUCUUUCUGGCAGGAAUGUGUCCUUCAGACCUGAGUGUCCUCUCCUGGUUGGAGCAAGGGAGGGAGCUCUGGAUUCUGAGUGGCCCCGAGGAAGUAUCCAGGCCUGCAAAUGAGUGGGCAUGUGUGGAGGGUGUGAAAGCAGAAGAACCGGAAACAAACAUUUCUCCAGCUCCUGCCAAAUGUAAUGAGCUUGAAAAAUCCUUUGAUCAAGAAUCACACCGUAUUAUACAUCAGACAAUCUGUACUGGAGAGAAACAAUUUACUUGUGAAAUAUGUAGGAAAGUCUUCAAUAAUAAAUUUUAUCUUACAAGUCAUCUUAGAAUUCAUACUGGAGAGAAACCUUACAAGUGUAAUGAGUGUGGGAAGAUGUUCAGUAGAAGUUCACACCUUGGAAAACAUCGGAGAAUCCACACUGGAGAGAAACCUUACAAGUGUAAUGAGUGUGGGAAGAUGUUCAAUGACAGUUCAUACCUUGCACAACAUUGGAGAAUCCACACUGGAGAGAAACCUUUCAGAUGUGAUGAGUGUGGCAAGGUCUUCCGUAACAAAUCCUACCUUGCAAACCACCGGAGAAUUCACACUGGGGAGAAACCUUACAAGUGUGAUGCAUGUGGCAGGGUCUUCAGUCAGAUUUCACACCUGGCAAGUCAUCGUAGAAUCCACACUGGAGAGAAACCUUUCAAAUGUAAUGAGUGUGGCAAGGUCUUUAGUCGUAACUCAUACCUCAUUCAACAUGUGAUAAUCCACACGGGGGAGAAACCGUACAAAUGCAAUGAGUGCGGCAAAGUCUUCAAUAAAGAAUCAAUUCUUACAAAUCAUCGUAGAAUUCACACCGGAGAGAAACCUUACAAGUGUAAAGAGUGUGGGAAGAGCUUCAGUCAGACUGCACAUGUUACACAACAUCGGAGAAUCCACACUGGAGAGAAACCUUUCGAAUGCAAUGACUGCGGCAAGGUCUUCCAACAAAAAUCAGUCCUUAUAACUCAUCAAAGAAUCCACACUGGGGAAAAACCUUUCAAAUGCAAUGAGUGUGACAAGGUGUUCCAUCAAAAAUCAGCCCUCAUAAGUCAUCAAAGAAUCCACACUGGAGAAAAACCUUUCAAAUGCAAUGAUUGCGGCAAGGUCUUUAGUCAGAAAUCAAACCUUAUAAUUCAUCGGAGAAUUCAUACUAGAGAAAAACCUUACAGUCAUAACGAGAGAGUGAAGGUCUUCAAUCACAUUUCACACCUUGCACAACAAGAAAUUCACACUGGAGAGAAACCUUUCAAAUGCAAUGAGUGUGGCAAGGUCUUCAGUCUGAAUCAUCCCUGAGACGACACUGGAGGAUCUAUACUGAAGAGAAGGCUUCGACACUUAAUCACUGUGCAAGGGCCUCACUUGUCAUCCCAACCGUGUCACAAGGAAGCAGGAAAAAGAUUAGUUUCUGGCCUCGCAUACUGU